UCGGAGCGUCGGUGCGGAACAAUAGCUCGGGAAUACAAGGCGCCGGGUAAUUUCUAAAUAUAUCGCUGCAAAGAAUUCGGCACUUCGUCAACGUGCAUCGCACGUGCACCAUUUUCCUAUUGGCCUUUCGACACGGUGUGCAAUUCAUCGACGACCUUGGGGUAGAUCCCUGCAUUUCGGGACCGGCGAAUGGAAAAGGACUGGAGGAUCAGUAAGGAAGGAAGGAAGGAAAGAAAAGGGCGGGAAAGGCAGGAAAUCGGUUCUCGUUUGGGGAUAUCGGUGGUGAUCCCUUUUUAGAAAAAGGAAGCAUUCCUGCGCGCUGACGUUUCGCGGGGCCACGAUACGUGCGAUCCAGCAGGAACCGCCGCCAGAAAAUCAAUCCGAAACGUCAUGCCGUUGUGUGUAUCAACAUUGGAAAAUCAAUGGUAACCCGUGACGUAGGAGUCCCGCCUCAGAACGAGCCAAUAGGCUUGCGCGCUCGUCCCCACCGGGGCUAACAUUUACACCUACCCACACGACCGUCGGCGUGCUCAUUCCGUAGCAGACUGCUGCACCGACCGGACGCACGCGACCGCGCGACAGAUCAAAAACAAUCGUUGAAAAGGCAGCACGCCGAGGCUACCCGUAAAACGAGAGAGCUAUAUCCGUGAAAGCGCACGAGGUGUAUGCAGUUUUCCAGUCGACACAGCGAUACAACGUGGACUGCAGCGUACCGACGAUCAGCACUGGCCACACGUCAUCUCCACGCAUCGUCCGAUUUCAUCGAACACGAAAAACCGAUCGCCGUCGCACCGACACGUAAUCGACCCAGGCGUCAACUAGAUCCUCGAUCUUUUCCUCCAGCAAAAACAGUUUGCGUGCGUUUGUCGAAAUAAAUAACAAUUGUAAAAGAUAAUUUAUUUGUGAUUUUCAAUUAAUAAAAACAGAAAAGAGAAAGAAAAAAAAAAAAAUUAGCGCGAAAAUAGCGCGCAAAGUGCCGGACGAAAUCGACAGUUGGAAGGGUAAAACGUGUUCGUCGCCGCACCGAGGGACCGUCCAGUUUGAACUUUCCAGAAAGACGGAGCGAGAAAGACGAGGACGAGGCACGAGUGUGUACAGUGCGAGGAAAGGAAGGCUUCUUCGCGUGGAAUAAAGAGGAAUAGUGUGCGCGCUUGCUAGUGCCGGUUGCUGUCGAGAUGGCGUUUAUGAUGCCUGUUGUGAAAAACGAGUGGGACAUUUACAAGACCAACCGUAGUCGACGAUCCUCCGAGUGCUCGAAUCCUCAGGCUUGUCGUAGUAGGAAGGUGUCGGAAUGCUCGAAAUCCGAGGGCCCUUCGUUGUCCACGUCGCCAGGCUCGGACUUCUUGACGUCCCCGGCUCACCGUUCGGUGCCCCUCACCUCGCGCCACUUCUCGAGGACUUCCUCGAGGGCGUCUCAAAGUUCGCUGCAGAGCCCUAGCAAGAGCACCGGCUCGUCACCGCCGAAAACCGGCAGCUCGAGCUCCUUGAACAAGUUCCACAACCGACUGGUCGACAAGUUGAAGAAGUCGUUGAAGAAGGCUGAGGACAACGCAGAAGACCAGAGAAACUUGUCGUGAAACAGCCAGGGGGUUUCGGGCCGGCCACCGAUUCCCGGCUCGAAACCGAUCGAGAUCCGACGCACCUCCGCACCCGUUGCCGCCCCCACCAAGAACAGCAACGUGGUCGCACGAUCCUGCCCGGAUCCGUCGCCCUCGGCAUGGUAAACCUAAACAAUAGCAGCAACAACAACAGCGGCACCAGGAACAGGGACAGGAGCAGAAGUGCUAAACGAGAAACGAAGCGAACGGAACAAGGGAAAGUCUCGUGUUCGGUUCGCCACGACGACGACGAUGACAUCGAUGAAGAGCGAAACGAUCGUGAAAAUCGAAGGAAAAGUCAACUACCGAAAUCGUCUAAAGUCACGAUCGUUCGAAAAGAUCCUUGGAACGUGCAGUCGUCGUUGAGGAAAUAUCGAAGAUCAAAGAUCACCAGCGAGCGGAAGAUUUUGAGAGAAGAUUUUUCCAAGGUCAGCGGAAUCGUUUCGAUCGCUUCGAAAGAAGAUCUCGCAAGAGUUGGAGACAUAGAGGCCGACGUUGCUUCCAACAGCCGAACACAAUCUGGUACCCAGUAGGUUGCUACGCUCUCUUCUACGUUUCUCCUCCGACCAAGCAGAAACCUCGCGAAGUUAAACUAAACGAAAAAAAAAAAAGAAAAUCAAUUCAAGUCCUUUUUCCCCCUCUAAUUUCUCCUGAUUGGAUCGUUAUUCACGAAGAUGCCCGUUAACUUCGAUCGUACAGAAGAAUUCGCAACAGAUCGUUUUCGUGUUUCAUUUUCAGACGAGCAAAAUGGGGAAGCAAACGGAGAAAAGCUAAAGAUACAGAAUCGAUCGACAGCCGCGGCUUUCCUUUCCAAAAAUCCUAAUAACAAUCGGAACGAUCGCGGGAAUCGCGAUUUCUUUCUGAUAACUGUGAGAAUCUGUUUAGGGUGAUGCAGGGAAAGAAAAAUAAUUAAGGAGACGCGAAAGUGAGAGAGAGAAAGGAGAGAGCAACAAGGGAAGAACGAGUCGCUACUCGAUGCAGAAGGAGGCUCUUUUUAACGAGCAACGAUCGCGAUGCAAGCCGGAAGACGAGGGAGCACGAGAGAAGACAACCGACGAAGAGGUGGCAUCUAAACCAAGGGAAAGAGAGGUACAUAAUCGCGACGGGAAUUUCGUCGUUCUCGAUAAUGGCGUGUACGCGUUCAAGUGUACAUUCGCAGGCGUGUAAGUCGCGCAAGGUUCGCGGCCAAAUCGGGAUCGUUACAAGAUCUCAAUGUCCGCACCUGAAAAAAAGCUUAGUUCCUUCGUUCGUACGUUAUCGCGCGUAUAGAAUCUUAAAAAAAAAAACGACUCGAUUUAAGCGUCACACGCGACAUUAUUUUUCGUUUCAUUAAAAUAAUCGAUCGUGCCGCGAGCGGAUCCAGCAUUGAAUCAUACCGAUCUUUCGAAUUUUUCUCGCGGUUCACUUUCGUUCGAAUUCUCCACGUCGAGCUUUUCACUCGUUACGCAAACGAUAACCAUGGUGAAUGUGUGUUUUUGAAACAUUAGGACCGGCUGAGAGAAAGAAAAAACAGGCGUCGACUAAACGAGGCGUAACUCGGCUCCAAUUCAAGGGAGCUGUUCCCGUAAGAGCUUCUCGCACACGGACAACCGGAAACGCUCGUUUUCGUCGUUAACGUUCGGAUCGUUUGCUGCCUUCAAAAGGGAAUACGCGUGCGUGCGCGCGAAAAAGAAAAGAAAAUAAAGUAAAAUAAAUCUGCAAGCAGAUAGAGAAACAGGGGUCACAAUAUAUUACAUAUACAUAUAUUAUAUUAUACACAUAUAGGUGAGAGCUGAUGAAAGGAACGGCGCCUAAGGAGAGACUUAUUUUAAUCGCGCAUCGUUCGAGCGAGAGAUAUUAGCUGUACUUACACACGUACAUAUUUAUUUUCAAACUUUUGUUACGUCGUCUCGCGAUUCUUCCACGCGAUUGGAAGACCUACGCGAGUAGCAAUUACCGUGUCGAGACGAUACUCGUGUACUCUUAUUAUUGGAAAACUUUCGAUGUAUCUCCAAUCGGUUCGAUUCGAUUCGAUUUGUUUUCGUUCGCUCGAUUCGGUUUCCAAUUGGUUCGCAGUUGAUGAUAUAAGGCGAAACACGUUCACGGUAUCGUUUCGAUGCGAUCGUAUUCGCACACGACACUCUAGGCUAGAGGUGACGAUAUUAAACCGCGAAAGAGAUAUUUUCUUAAAAAACGAUCCUCGCAGUGUGUGUAUCGAGAUGUGUGUGUAUCGUAUACCGCUUUUUUCCUCUGUCCCGCGCCCGAGGUACUCGAUUUUGCUGUUUUGAUUAGUCGUUACGAAGCGUUUGUUAAAUUCUUGCAUAGUAUAAACGCAUUACUUCCGUCGGAAAUUAAGCGAUCUGUUAUCCGUUGUACGUCGAACAAUUUUUCUAACCGAAGUGAUCAAAAUCCCGGGAAAUCGAAGAUGAAGAAGGAGAAAAGUGUCCUCGAAAUUCGGACGCAGAACGACGUCUUUCGAAGGCAUCGAAUGAAAAAUCACAGAGAUACCUUACGUGUAAUUUCAAGAAAAAAAAAAA